GACGGACGAGGCCCUAGAGUUAUCUUCCCACGCCUGCCGAUAAUAGUGGGCCCCGUUCGGGUGUUACUGAUCUGAUUCACUACACCAGAGUUAAUCAGUCAUGGAAGCUCUUAGAGCACUUGCGCGUUUCACCACGCGUUUGGCGGUACCCUCUAUCGCGGCGAGCCGCGUGAGCCUAAAUGCGCGUAUUUCCAGCAUCUCGAGUCUGGCUUUAAGAGUCGAGCGGCCGCUUCGUGCCCCACGAAACCUUCAGCACGUCGCGCAGAGGAGGUUCCCCGCGCGAACCUUUUGCAGCGUGGCCAAUGAUCAAGCCAAGGCGGAAGAGGCGGCGGAGGACAUGAUGUCGGACUUGGAGCCUGACAACCGCGCGCCCGUCACCAUCAUCACGGGAUUCCUCGGCUCCGGCAAGACGACCCUGCUGAACUACAUUCUCAAGGCGGAUCACGGCAAGCGGAUUGCGGUCAUUGAGAACGAGUUCGGCGAGGUGGACAUUGACGGCUCGUUAGUGGCGGACGCGUUAGCGGGGUCGGAGGACGUGGUGGUGCUCAACAACGGGUGCCUGUGCUGCACUGUGCGCGGCGACCUCGUGCGCAUGCUGAGCGAUCUCAUCACCACAAAACGAGACAAGUUUGACCAUAUUGUGAUCGAAACCACAGGCCUGGCCAACCCCGCGCCCAUCAUCCAGACGUUCUUUUUGGAAGAGGAGCUGGCGGAGGGGUUACAACUGGACGGAGUGGUAACCCUAGUGGACGCGAAGCACGUCACGAGGCACCUGGACGCAGCAGAGAAGGCCGCAGCUGAGGGGGCAACGGAGGUCAACGAGGCUGUCGAGCAAGUGGCGUUUGCUGACCGCAUCAUUGUUAACAAGGUGGACCUUGUGUCAGACAGCGAGGUCACGGAUCUCCUUGAGAGGCUCCGGGACAUCAACUCCAUGGCACGCAUGAGCACAGCCUCGUAUGGCAAGGUGGACCUGGACUAUGUGCUUGGCAUCGGGGGCUUUGACCUCGAAAGGAUUGAGAAGGACGUGCAGCCUCACAUUCUUGACGAGGCAGCCAGCCAUGACCAUCACCACCAUCACGAGCAUGAUCAUGAUCAUGAUCACGAGCACUGUGGGACAUGUGGUGGUGAUCACUCCACAGAGGAGCAUGCGCAUGAUCACCACCACCAUCAUGACCAUGACCACCACCACCAUUCUCAUGCAAAGCAUGCAGCAGGCGUCUCUUCAGUGAGCAUACAGUGCGAAGGAAACCUCGACCUGGAGAAGAUAAAUGACUGGCUGGGCGACCUGCUUGCUGAGAAGAGUGAUGACAUCUAUCGCAUGAAGGGAGUCCUGGCUAUCCACAAGUGCAGGGAACGAUUCGUGUUCCAGGGUGUACAUGCUCUAUUUGAGGGUUCGCCUGACAGGCCAUGGGGCCCAGAGGAGAAGCGCUCUAACCGGAUUGUCUUUAUUGGACGCAACCUGAAUGAGACAGAACUCAAGGAAGGUUUCAAGAGCUGCCUUCAUGCAUAGAGCAGACAAUUGUUAACACUCAUCGGCGGCUAUAUUACACAGCUGGAUUCCAGUGUAAUAGAGACCUCAAAUGUUGUGAUUUUAGCUGAUCAAUCUGAAGCUUCCUCAGUCGUGUUGACAGAGUGGAUUCUA